GACAACACCAUGGGAUUGCUGAGUGCGCGCCAUCGGUUUUGUACACUUAUCUAAUACACCAAAUUACGGCCGAUAGUCCCCGGGGAAACCAGCGGCCAGUUUCGGUCGACCUGUCGAGUGGGCGCAGCAUGGCGAGCAGUUUUGAGGAGCUGUGUGAAGUACGGAAAAGCGAGGAGCUCGGAAGGUUCCUAGUUGCGCGGCGGAACAUCAAACCGGGUGAACUGAUUCUGGCGGAGGAUCCGAUCGUCGUGGGACCCUACUGGGAUGCAGACAUUAGCUGCUUGAGCUGUCUGCGGGCGGCCAUGAGGACCUGCAAAAAGUGCCACAAGGCACCGCUCUGUCGUGACUGCCAGCAGCACGACUCAGUGGAGUGCGAGUUCUACGAGCGGGCCACCAGUUUGGGCAAGAACUUCCUCUUCGACCAUUUCAACAUCGUCACGCCCGUGCGCUGUCUGCUGUUGUACCGCGGACACCGGGACCGGUUCGAGCAGCUGAUGGCGAUGGAAUCGCACUGCGGUAGCCGCAGGGGCACAGAGAUCUGGGCCAUCCACGAGCAGUACGUCGUGGAGCCGAUGAUGCGCGAGGAAGCGUUCCGCACGAUCGACGAUCUCGCGGUGACGCCCGAGCUGCUGCAACGCAUCUGCGGCGUCCUGGACGUGAACACGUUCGAGAUACGGGGCAACAUGGACAGCCAGGGGGUGCAGAUAAACAACCUGGCCCGAGGGCUGUUCCCGCGCACUUCGCUCAUGACGCACAACUGCCAAACGAACACGUUGAUCGCGGUGGACGGCAUGUCCAAGUUGCGGCUGUACGCGGCCGUUGCUAUCAAAGCGGGCGAUCUGCUCUACUACAACUACACGCGAGUGUUGUUCAGCACCUUCGAACGGCAAACGCAUCUACGCAAAGGGAAGUACUUCAUCUGCGCCUGUGCCCGCUGUCGGGAUCCCACGGAGCUCGGCACGCACCUGAGUUCGAUCAAGUGCACCGAAUGUGAAGAGGGUCUUUGCUUAUUCGACGAUCAAGCCCCAAAAUGGGAAUGCAAUCUCUGUGGCCACCAGCUGCAGAGGCGGUACGUGAAUGAGAUUAUGAGCGAGGCCCGCGAAGACGUUUCCAGCUGUGCACUGGACAUUCGCAACCUGGAGAGAGUGAUUGGCAAGCAUUCGAAAACUCUCAACCCGCAGCAUGCCCUGGUGCUGGAGGCCAAACAAAAUCUGGCCGGUGAGCUGCGCAGCAUGUGCAUAUCGUGUGACCCGCAGAACGUGCCCCGGCAAGCCCUGAAGCGUAAGCUGGAGUUGUGUGAAGAGAUGCUACAGAUUCUGCGGGCGCUAGACCCAGGAAUAUCGCGCCUGACGGGCAUCGCUUUGUACGAGUAUCAUGCGGCGCUGGUGGAACUGUCGCGGAGAAACCACGAUACGGGCGAAAUCAAGACACCGGAACUGCAGAAACACUUGCAAAUGGCAGAAAGUGUACUCAAGGAAGCGAUCAGCAUGCUGAUCUUCGAGCAUCCCACUACUCCGGAGGGACACCUCACGAAGAAGGCGAUGUGUGAGCUGAAGGAACUGCGAGAGUAUAUACAAAGCGUGCAGGCCCUGGCCGAGGACGAACGCACCGAUCGUCAGUUCGGUGGUAAGCGGAACGCCACCAACAAAAAGUACGUGAAGUAGAAACGGUCUGGUCACGCCAAGCAUUGAUCCAACACGUUCAACACUUCCUCGAGGAUUGCGGAUCGGUUGCGGCAGCUCGGUGGCUGGCAGUGAACGCAUUCGUCGAGCAGAUCGUGCAGUGUCUGAGCUGCGUCGGUGACUUCAUCGGUGACCAAAUGAAGCAGUCCAACCUCCGCGUUUCCGUUGAGGUUUCCGUGUAGUAGCUGGAAAUGGAAGCAAAAUUAAGCAUUGAAUUACUGUUACUGUUCUAAACGGUUUAGUAUAAUUGUUGUUAAAAGACAUUCAAUAAAUAGGAUGG